CAUUGCCAUUUUGCGCAUCAUGCGUUCAAAGAUUGUCCUCUCACUGCUGCUGCUGCCUUGUUGUGCAGGAGCCCUGCUGCUGGGUGCCGUCCGCUGCAGCACGGUGCCGACGGUCCUCGACCUCGUGUUACAAGAGCGCCAGCGCUACGAGCAAUUGUUUGGGCUGGAGCUGGCCGUAUGCGCUGGCGCGACGCCGCACGACGGGUUGCUCUGGCGCGGCGGCGCGGGCGCGGAGACGGCUCUCGACCGCUGCAGCUCGGUCCGGCGCGGCUUUGCGCAGAUCUGCGAGGCGUCGACGGCAGCGGGCCUCGUCGAGGCGGUUCGACAAGCGGGCGUCGCGUGCGAGACUCCCUGGACCGUCGAGCACGUGCCGCUCUGGUCGACCCUCCGAGCCGGCGCGCGGCGCGACGAUCACUGGCGUUUUUCCGGCCUGGCGCUCGCCCUCGCCCAGACCGUCGCCGGCCCGCCCGCUCUCCUGGGCGCCUCGGCGGCUCCUGAUAGCUGCGUUCGCUUCGGCGUGCUGGAAAGCGAAACGCUGCGUUUCGGAGUGCUCCGGAAAGGCGUGCGGGGCGCCGGCGCGGCGGAUCGCGACGCGCACUGGGCCGCGCGACCCUUCAAGUUUUCGGGCGCAUUGGACGCGGAAGUGUCGCGAGCCAUCGUGAACAUCGUGGUCGACUCGCGCAGCGACGCGACGCCGCCGCCGCGCCUUUUCGACCCCUGCUGCGGCAGCGGGACCAACCUCUGGGCGGCGGCCUGUCGCGGAGGGUCCGUGGCGGGCAGCGACCGCGACGCGGCGAAGGCCGACGGCUGCCGCCGAAACCUCGAACACGCGGGCGUGGCGUUCGAUGACAUCGGCGUCCGAGACGCGUCGCGCGACGCGCUACCGGCGGCUUCGGACGCCGACUGCGCGGUGCUCAAUCUUCCGUGGGGCGAGAAGGUGCGGCAGACGCACGGCGAGAACGAUCGCAUCCUGGCUAACGUCGCGGCGCAUCUGCGGUCGGGCACGCCCGUGGCCUGUCUGGCCACGGAUGGCGGCGGCCGCGACUGGGGACGCCUCGGCUACGAGGUGGAACGAGCGGCGGACGUGACCCCAGGCACGACCAAGCGCGGGAAGGCGUCGUUCGACGGCGCCGCGACCUGUUAUUUGUUAAGAGUGAGGUAGUUGUCUACGAUGACCAGAGUGGGGUAGUUGU